AUUCCCCAAUGCGCGCGCUCGCUGCGGCGCGGCCGUCGCGUGUCCAUGGCCACCGUUGCCGUGCCGGGGUGAGGUCAAGUUGUGCUGUGGGGCCCGUGGCACCUGCUUUACCUCGGCGCCAUGUCACCAAGACACGAACGCACCGCGAGCUCUGACUCCCCCACCAGUUUCUCUCUUUCUCUUGCAACUUCCAACGGCCCAACUCCCAGCUGAGAAGCCACCCAGAUCACAAAAGCUUUCUCUUCCAUUAAUCACCACUGCCACUGCGCCUGCGCGCGAUAAAACUCCAUCCCUCCCCGUCCCCUGAUCCCCUUCGCCGUGCCGUGCCCUGCCUGCCACCCCGCCUGCGACCGAUCCGGCCAAUGGCUUCGUCGGCGCGGCGCCUCCUGCAGACCAACUCCGGCCAGUACCCCACCCUCCCUGCCGCCGAGGCCGAGCCCACGAGCCCGCUCGCCGUCGACUCCGACGUCGUCGUCAUCCUCGCCGCGCUCCUCUGCGCGCUCAUCUGCGUCGUGGGCCUCGCCGCCGUCGCCCGGUGCGCGCGCUCCCGCCGCGGGGCCGCGUCCUCCGCCGGCGCUCCCGCCGCGGCGGCCAAGGGGCUCAGGAAGAAGGCGCUCAGGGCGCUGCCCAGGCUCGCCUACGAGGACGCCGUGGCGGCGGCGGCCGCGGCGCGCGGGGGGUCCGCGGCCGUGGCCGGGAAGGAGGAGGAGAUCCUGGCGGAGUGCGCGAUCUGCCUGUCGGAGUUCGCGCCCAGGGAGGAGAUCCGCGUGCUGCCGCAGUGCGGCCACGGCUUCCACGUCGCGUGCGUCGACACAUGGCUCGGCGCGCACUCGUCCUGCCCCUCCUGCCGCCGCGUCCUCGUCGUCGACGACCCACCCAAGCGGCCGCCCGACCCCAAGCGCUGCCGCAAGUGCGAGGCGGCCAUGGAGGAUGCCUCAUCGUCGUCCUCCGGUUCCGGCGGUGACACUGACCGUUCUAGCAAGUGCCACGCCGUCAUGGAGCCUGUCUCAUCAUCACGCGCCACCGCCGGUUUCUGACAACUGGUUCGGCAAAUCUUAGCUCGAGAAUCUUUAGCUCCACUGGAAUUCUCUCCUCGUCAUGCACCGCCGAUUUCCGUAAACUGGAUUGAUAAUCUUUACAUCGACUUGAGUUCUUUUAUGCUAAGGAUCUAAACGUUGAUGCUGUCAAAUUUAGGUAGAUCGAUCAUGUAAAUACUUGUUCAGAAACCAGAAACAUGUAAAAAACAUCAUGGGAUGUGAAACUGAGAAGCAAAACAUUAUUUCCAUUCUUCGCAGUAUAAGCAGUUUCUUUU